AUGAAUAAUUCUGUCAACAAUGGGGAUGGCCUUCCACUUGUACAAAAUACGCAACAGCAAGCUACAACGGAUCCGUGUGCUCAACUUGUUCAUAUUUUGAUGUGUUAUCAUCAGGGUGGCGAUGACCCCGAAUUCAUCCACAAGGCUAUUGAAAGCUUGGUCAAAAAACUUAAAGACAGGCGCGAGCAAUUAGAUGCCCUAAUUUCUGCAGUCACUUCUGCUGGAAAGCAGCCCUCUGGUUGUGUUGCUAUUCAUAGAUCACUUGACGGCCGUUUACAAGUUGCUGGUCGGAAAGGAGUCCCAAAUGUUGUGUAUGCAAGGAUUUGGAGGUGGCCGAAUGUGAAUAAAUCAGAAUUGGUCAAAUUGCCUGUCUGUCAAACUCCAACAAACCAUCAAGAUUUAAUUUGUAUAAAUCCGUACCACUACGAUCGUGUGGUUUCUUACGAGCUUUCUUCGUUGCAAAUGGACCCUCUUCCUCCUAUUAAUUCAAAUCAGCAUAUCUUAACAAAUUUGGAUGGCCCUUCAUCUUCCCAACAAAAUUUGGAAAACCCUUCUUUUACUGAACGAAAAUGUCAAGUAAUCACUCACUUGGCUGCAGAAAAUCAGUUAAUUGGGAAUGAAAUGAAUUUUUAUUCAAAUGAGCAGUGGCAAUCUUCUCUUUUUGAAACGUGUAGCAACAUUUCUGGACCUUGUAACAUGAAUGGUUUAUACCCGCAAAAUGCUCCAAAAUAUUGGUGUUCUAUUACCUAUUUUGAAUUAGACACUCAAGUUGGGGAAACAUUCAAAGCUCCAUGGAAUAUGUCAAAUAUUUAUGUUGAUGGAGGAAUGGAUCCAAACGGAUCGGAAAAUGGACGUUUCUGUUUGGGAGCACUUUCAAAUGUUCAUAGAAGCGAAUCUUCAGAAAAGGCUAGAUUACAUAUUGGAAAAGGAAUACGUCUACAAAUUGUUGAUUCUUCUGAAGAUUGUAAUAUAUUUGUUGAAUGUUGUUCUCAAAAAGGAAUAUUUGUUAAAAGCUGCUUUCUUGAUUUUCAAAAUGGAUUGGGCUAUGGAAGUGCUGUACAUAAAUUUUGUUUUGGGGCUAUUAGAAAGGUUUUUAAUCUCAAAUGGGCCUAUACAGAAAUGGUUGAGAAAAAACGAAGAGCAAAUAUGGCAGCAAUGGUAAAAGCCUAUGCAGUAGCAGGCAUUGCCCCUCAAAAUGGUUUAGUUCAAGAUUCUGGUACGGGUGUAGAUGAUCUUAGAGCGACUUGCUGUACAAUUGCCAUUAGUUUUGUAAAAGGAUGGGGAAUUGGUUAUCCACGUUCAACCAUUAAAGAAACUCCUUGUUGGAUUGAGAUUCAACUCUUUCGCCCUCUUCAAUUACUUAAUGAAUUGCUUUCUUCCAAUUGA